AUGUAUAAGUUCGUCUUUCAAAACCCAUUUAAGCUCAAACACCAACGAGGGCUGCAGACGUCAGCACAUUCCCUUUACUACGUCAGCACAAGGGAGAAAAAAACAACAAUUAUAAAGGGAGAAGAGAAUCUCGCCUUAUCCCUUCAUAGUGGAAAUCAAAAGAGUUCCAUUUUUCUGUUAGUAGGUUUAAAGAUUGUAUUUUGCUUCCGAAAAUCGAGAUGGGUUGUGCUGGGAAGACAGUUUCUUGAAUAUCAGCGAUCUCCCGGCCGUGGGCCCACCCUUCCACGUCAGCAAAUGAAGGAGCGUCAGCGUUGGCGGCCUGAGGAGGAUUCGUUACUCCGCGCGUACGUACGCCAGUACGGCCCGCGCGACUGGCACCUCAUCUCCCAGCGCAUGAACUCCCCUCUCCACCGAGACUCCAAAUCCUGCCUCGAGCGUUGGAAAAACUAUCUCCGUCCAGGCAUAAAAAAAGGUUCCCUCACGCCUGACGAGCAGGCCCUCGUAAUCCGUCUCCAGGCCAAACACGGCAACAAGUGGAAAAAAAUUGCAUCCGAAGUCCCUGGGAGGACAGCUAAGCGUCUCGGCAAGUGGUGGGAAGUCUUCAAGGAGAAACAGCUCCGUCAGCAAAACGAGCAACACGGCAAAAACGAGGCCUCGCUAGUCGAGCCGAUAAAGGAGCGGAAAUACGACCACAUUCUCGAGACUUUCGCCGAGAAGCUCGUUAAGGAGCCGGCCCGUUUAACUCCCAUGCCUCCGAGCCCGGUUCCGAACGGCACGGGCCUGGGCCCGCUUCCGCCAUGGAUGGCGGCGGGCCCGGGCCCGAGUUCUCCGUCGGUGGCUCUGACACUUUCGGGCCCGCCGGGCCCGGCAAUCUCCUGGCUGCAAGGGCCCGUGGGCUAUGGUUCUAAUAAUAAUAAUAAUGGUGGGCUCGUUUUUUCAGAGAUUGGGGAGUGUUGGAGGGAAAUGGAGGAAGGGCAGAGGGCUUGGGCGGCUCACCGGAAAGAGGCGGCGUGGAGGCUGAGGAGAGUGGAGCUGCAGCUGGAAUCGGAGAAGUCGAGCAAACGGAGGGAGAAAUCGGAGGAAUUUGAGGCGAAGGUGAGGGCUUUGAGGGAAGAGGAGAAGGCGGCGUUGGAGAGGAUUGAGGUUGAGUAUAGAGAGCAGCUGGCGGGGCUCAGGCGGGAGGCGGAGGUUAAGGAGCAGAAGCUGGCGGAGCAGUGGGCGGCGAAGCAUGCUCGNAUGUUGGGAUAG